CUGCAGUUGCGAAGUUCUGACCUUCAUUAAUGGUCAUAAUGAUGUGUGCAUAUAAAGCGAUACGCGCAUAACUACGUUUCGUUACACACUCGCAGAGCAAUUCAUAGCAUAGCUUAAAAAAGACAAUAGAAAUAUAGGAAAAUGACUGGAACUAGGAAGCCUAAACGGGUAACGGUAGUCGGGGGUGGCGCUUUCGGCACAGCGUUGGCGCAACUUUGUGGACGACAAGGCGUUGAGGUUCGCAUGUGGGUUAUGGAAGAACACGCACGUGAUGCAAUUAACAAUGACCACGAGAACAAGCCAUUCUUACCAGGCUGCCCUCUUUCAGAUACUAUCACUGCCCAUAAAGAGGUAUCAGAGGCGUUGGUGGACACAGAGAUGGUGUUGUUUGUGAUUCCUACACCAUUCUUCCGCAGCUUCCUGGUCGCAAACCGAACGCUGUUCCCCGUAGACGUGCCGCUUGUGCUGUGCUCAAAGGGUAUUGAGAACGACUCUCUCGACACACCGUACGAGAUCGCAAGUGAAGAGCUGCCUGGUAAGUACCUACGGAACCUGGCCUGCAUUUCCGGACCGUCUUUUGCCCUGGAAGUGGCCCAGAACCAGCCCACCAGUGUCACCUGCGCAGCUGUGCGCGAGGAGAUUGCCCUGACGGUACAACACUACUUAAGUGACAUCAUGUUCCGCGUGUACGUGGGCGAUGACAUCAUUGGUGCCGAGUUGGCGGGUGCGGUCAAGAACGUACUGGCCAUUGCAUGCGGUGCGAGUGAUGGCUUUGGCUUCGGUUACGAUGCACGUGCUGCACUCAUCACGCGUGGCCUGGCUGAGCUUAGACGUCUUGUGGUCGCCAAGGGAGGCAAGGAGAGCACGCUCAUGGGACUAGCGGGUGUGGGUGAUCUGGUGCUGACGUGCACAGGCACUCUGUCGCGUAACUACCAGACCGGCAAGGCUUUAGCUGAGGGCAAGUCUAUAGACGAUAUCCGGAACAGUUCUAAGGCCAUCGCAGAGGGAGUGUUCACGGCCAAGUCCAUCUAUCAGAUGCAGGAGCGCACUAAGGUGGACAUGCCCAUCUGUGGCGCUGUGUACAAAGUCAUUUACGAAGGCUGCAGCAUCAAGGAUGCUCUGCACACACUCCAGUCGCGUGAGCUCAAGAAGGAGGGCUACUAAAUGAUACAUGGAUAUAGGCACAUUGGGCGGGCGUGAUGGUGUAGCUAUGUAGUUAAUUAAACAGCACGCGAGAAUGACCAUGCAAUACGUUACGUAGUUUGUAUUGCUAAUGAAUAAUCUCAUGAUAAUACAUUACGUAUGUUGUAUUGCUAAUAAAUAAAUUCAUCGAUAACAAACUGCAGUGCAAUGCCGUCCCACCAAUCUUUGGCCUUACUCGCCCUCUGACAUUGACACAUAAAGGUUGUGCAGUUUCCUG